AUGAGCUCAAAGAGCAAUAAGAAAAGGGAACGGGGUCUCUUUGAACACGGAGACGAUGCGGUGGAACUGGCGUUUAGGUAUGCGGUCGACAGGAUUAACGCCGACAAUAAGGUACUGCCGCACACCCGGCUCAUAGCCCAAGUGGAAAGGCUGGAGAAAUGUGACAGCUUUCAGGCAUCCAAACGAGAGGGAGUGGCGGCUGUGUUUGGGCCCCAGUCUGUGGAGACCAGCGCUCACGUCCAGUCCACUUGCGAUGUCCUACAUAUGCCACACAUGGAGACCAGAUGGGACUUCAAGUUUGAUCCGCCAUCCAAUCACUCCAUCAAUCUGUUCCCGCAUCCGAUCGCUUUGGGAAACGCGUUCAGAGAUCUCAUAAAACUCAAGAAUUGGAAAAGUUUUGCUAUACUUUACGAGGAAAACGAAGGCAAG